CUGCUACACACACUACUUGAAACACCGUAACGAAGUUAUUUUUAUCAACGGUCAUUUUCUUCGCGUCCAUGAUGAUUGGCGGCUUGCUAAUUUCGGAAUGGAAAACAGAACAUUCUACAGUGCGCGAAAAGCUGCAAUAUUCCGAAAUAGUUCAUCGAUUUUUGAUCCCGCGAAUUGAAAAAUACCAUAGCAAUUCAGGAAUGGCAGUAUUCAUCAAAACCUUUAUUCGCUGCCAUACAUCAAAGGAUCAAAGUCAGUCGAUCGAGUUAUGGAUUUGCCUAAAAGAAGGUCAAAAUGCUUGUGAGCAGCUGCUGGUUGGCUUUCGGCCACAGUAUUUUUUUAGGAAUAAUUCCGCGCAAAAGGAGGGGAAAAAAUAUCCCAUACCGGCGCAAAACUGCAGGAGACAACAUAAUCCUGCGGUACACCGGCAGAGAUGACAACAGUGGAAAGAUUCGGCGAGUCGUAGACCGAAUUUGCUGCUGUCCUCAACCAAAGUUAACAAAGCCCAUCGUUUCGCUGCCAGGAACCUCGACCAACAUGUGGACUUGAUCCGUGGAAGAGUUUGAGAAACUUCAGGAAGAAAAGUUUCUUGUUCCGGAACGAUUAGCCAUAGCAUGCAGGUAAACAGUGCAUUCGUCUUUAAGUAUGGAGAAAAUAAAAAAAACAAUACGAGUCAGAAAGAAGAAAUGAAAAAUGUA